GUCUCGAUGUCGUCGCUCUUCACCUUGCGUCGUGCAGAGGACUGCAUGCCCUCACUUCGCGGCGGCCAGGCCGUCUCGUCGCUGUUUGAAACAACAACGACGUAUGGGCCCAGCUCGGCCAGCAGUGGCCCAAAGACGACCGACGUCUGGGCGAUUCCAGGUCACCUGCUCGUCGCCUUCCGCCAGCGUCAGAGCCUCGUCGCGUUCGACAGCGUGCCCACCACGCGCGCAUUGCCAGAGCUUGACUUGGAUCGCCUCAAGCGGCACUUUGCAAGCUGCUCGUCCGCGAACGGACCAGCCAACGGUCCAGCCAACUCCACCACCACCAGUCCUGCUGCGCAAAAGCAGCAGCAUCUCGCUAGCAGCCUGGGACCGGACUUUGGAGGGGGGAUGCUGCUGCAUGACUUUGCUGCCCCGCUUGUGGACGUGUUUCUCGUGUCUUCGGCGUCGGGUGGGCUGUCCAGCAGCUCGGAAGCGGACUUGACGGCUGGCGGAUUGCGCUCUGGCAACGCACGGCCGCUGGUUGCUUCAUCCACCAUCAUUGCCGCCGUCGAUCAGGACGCACGACUGACAUUGUUUCAGUAUGUGCAUGCCAGCCACGCGUGGGUGUUGUUGGGCUCGUUCAACUCCCCCAUCAACUUGAUUACCGUCACGUCGCCGGUUCGCGUCGCGCCUGGCUCAACCAUCAUCUCGCCGAGCGCGACCGGUACUGCGACAGCAGCGACCACACAUGCGAAUACGGCUCCUGCUGCGGGCACAGUCUUAUCGGCAACCUUCCACUGGCGCUCGCGCACACUGGUUUGGUGUCUCUACGACCCCGUUAGCCUCGUCUACUCUGUGAAUGCCCGCUCGCUGGUGGCCGACUCUGAACAGAGUUUGGUGCAUCUCGGCCCCUUGAUGAGUGUGGUUCAGCGGUCGCCGUACGCGUUUCGGCUCUUUCCGCUCAAAUCAGCGGUUGCAAUGGCAGUGAUGCAGUACAGCUCGCAGACCAAUGCCGCCACCACCGGCACUGGCACUGGCGCUGGCGCCGCCCUCCCCACGAUGAAACGCUCAAACAGCGGCAGUGCGGUCGCGGCGAUUGCAGCAGAGCUCGGUGCUUCGACACCUCCGACCACCUCCAGCAACACAGCAACAGACUCUGGCGUACUCACCUUUCACCCUGUUGCCUUUGAGGGGUGGAGAGCAUCGCGACGUUUGCUCCUCUGGACGCCGCGCAUGGCCACAGAGGCCCUUGCCUUGGAGCUCUUUGUCUGGGGUCGUGGGAUUGUGCCCGAGCGCGUCACGCGCACGGCAUAUGUGGACAUUCACGUCGCGUUCGAUCGAUUUGAAUCCAGCCCCACUCGAAGCGACCCUGUGCCCGACGUCAUGAGUUUUGUUGUGCAUCGCACCACGGGUGAGCUGCUUGCGGUCGCCAGCAAUUGGUCUGUGUGGGUGAUUCGAAACGACGACCACAACAAUGGCUGGGUCUCGCUGCCCUUGAGUUCGCUCGCCGUUGCUGGCGCGAUUUCUGCUGCUCCAUUCUCAUCACCAUCGCCAGUCGCUGGCCAGGAAUCGGCUGCAGCUGUACCUCCCUCCGCCACAUCGCCUGUGCAGUUGCUCGUGCUGCACUUUAUGAUUGGGUUGGUUGAAAAUGGCGCGUGCACCAUUUUCAGUCUCGCCGACGGCUCACAGCUCUCUCGCGUUGCCAUACCGUAUACAAUGCCCGUAUGCCACGUGUGGCAUGGACAAGGGAUGGUACCGCGUGCUGGCCUGUGGGGAGAGCAUGGCGUGUGGCAGUUGCAAAGCAAAGCAGUUGUCGAUCAAGCAGAGAUCUUGGCUUCCGCUGCAUCAACCGCGUCGACAACAGCGCCAACCUCCGCGGCCAUCCAAUCACCAGCCCCUCAGACACCCUUGGCCGGCCAAGCUCCCUUCCUCGAGAACGACACGAAAAAGAUGCAACAUUUGCGGCGCGCCAAACAGCUUUGCGAGCAGUGGGGCUUGCGUCGUCUGCAUGCAAAGUAUCUCUUUGACAUUGCGUACGCUUGCUUGCACGACGCCUCGACCGCAUGGGUGUCGGCACAUGGUCAUCAGCAGCACGAAAUGGUGCAAACACAGCUUUCGGUUUUAUCCGAACUGUUUGCGAGCCGCGUUCUCGGCAGCCCCGCGCUUGUUCUCGCCCUCGUCGGUGCCGAUUCCCCCGUUUCCCAAAUCCUUGUGUCGGAGCUGGAUCAAUUUUUGAAUGCCUUUGUUGGCAAGAAGGGCACUCGAUCAUUCACACACGUCGAGGACUCCGCCAUGAACGAAUCAGCCUGGCUGCUUGCACGAAAUGCCUUCCAUUUGCGCACCCCGCUCAGUUCGUCGCUUUCUGCCAUGCUGGAAGAGUAUGCUGCGUGGGCACGUUUACGAUUAGAGGUGCUGAAUGCCGAACCUAGUGCGGCUCAAGAUUCAGCACUCGAGGGCUCGUCUUCCGCCAGCGCCUCAACAGCCGCGGAACGCCAAUCCAAGCUUCUCUUGGCGCUCAAUCCUCUCAUUACUUCGAGUGCGAAUGCGGCGCUGCAGGAGAGAAUGACCGAGGCGCAGCGCUUGCUCGUCUCGGGCGAUAUUGACUUUGCAGCUGGCACAGUCUUGGCAGCUGGUGCCGCUGGAAGUGGUUCUGCAGCGGCGGUUAGUGGAGGCGGUGGCGAUUCCAAUCCGAGCAACAGCGGUGCCAAUCCCAGCAGCAGCGGCGGCGCAGGCGCGACCACCACGUCGACCAACACGUUUGCCACCAAAGGCCGGCUGCUGGAUCUGGAUCGCGGGAAAUUUGAGCACCUCAUUCGCAAUGCUCCUCUUGCGACACUGGAAUGCGUCAUUGAAUGGCUCGAUCUCAGCUCUGCUUUGGAUGAGUUUGCGGUGGCCGACCCAAAUAACCCUUCAGCAACCUCGUCAUGGCCGCACGGCACACAAGCGCGAACCCAUCUCGACAAGGUGUUUGCGCCCGAACGUCUGCACGGCCUUGUUCUUGAAGGCGAGUCUGUGAGCCGCAGCCCUCGCCACCCCUUGUUUGAGAUUACUUGCAGACUGCUCCUCCUGCACCGCCCGGCCCACCUCAAUGCGUUUGUUCGGCUCUCGCAUCACCAUCUGUCCAUGCUCGUCAAGGGGAACAACUCUGCCGCUGCCAUGGCCUCGCCCAUGCGUCAGUACGCUGGCGUCACCAUUCGCGCUGGAGGUGUCACGACCGUGCAUCCUCACUACUAUCGUCGCGCCAUGGCGUGUCUAUUACCCAUGAUGGCGCCCGCCAAUCUACAGGAAUUGUCCCGAGAGAGUGUUAUGGCUCUUGUAGAGCUGUUGUGCAGUAACUAUUUGAGCGCCGCCCCUGUUGCCUUGCGCUUCUUGCUACUCAAGCAAAUGUACGAUGAGGCGUUCGAGUUGCUUUCCGAUCGAAGCAAGCAGGACGUCGAGCACUUUGAACUCUUCCAUGUUUUGUUUGCAGCACUGCUGGACAACAAUUUGAUGCGCCGAUAUGGCUCGCAGCUGUGGAACCUGGCGCCUCGUAACUUUGGUGUCUACGAGCUGCUGAACGUGCUGCAAUGCCACUUCCAGCAACAGCAACGCGGCAGCAAUCAUCGCACGUCCGCUGUUGCUGCCGCUGUUGCAGCAGCCACAAGCCAGACAGACUCUGCGAGCGGUCAGCGGUGGCGUGUCGGCAGCACCAUUUCGUCGGGCUCGGCUCAACCACUCUCGGAUGCCCUUGUGCACCAACUGGGCGACGCCGACCUUUUCAGUUCGUUGGUGGACAGCAUGGGCAUGUUUAUUGUGCCUACUCGCACGCCCGUUGGUGCGCCCACGUCCGAUCCGCACGGCAUCAACUCGACCACGGGCGCGGCGAAUGCCGCCGCAGACGAUUCUGCCGCCUGGCUGCCCGACCCCAGAGCUGGCCUCAGCGUUGAUUUGUUCCGUCCCCAGCUGUUAAAGAUUUUUGCUCGCAUGAAGGAGCGCGCGAAUCAGCCUGCCUGAACGCGUGUGGCAACGACAAAGUGAAAAGCUGGGUGAUGUUAGGAAUCGGACCAAAAUACAUGCUUGGUUAUUGUUGUUUGUUGUUGUUGUUGUUAUUGUUG